AUGGUCGAUUCCUUCACGAAGAUGGCCGAAGUAGGCGCCUGGCCGGAUGUGUUUGCCGAUACAGUUUCCCAGGCCAUUUUUAAUGGUUGGAUAUGUAGGUGGGGCGCCCCCGACCAGAUUCACUCUGACAAGGGGAGUUCGUUCGAAAACACCAUUAUACGUGACCUAUCUAAUGGUCAAGUAGAACGGAUUAAUAGAACCUUAAUCGGUUUACUAAGAGUUUUCGUUGAUCGACUGGAUCCCCUAACGUGGGAUGAUGUCUUACCAGCUUGUAUGCUGGAUUAUCGCCCCACCGUACAUGCACUGACCCACCAAACUCCUGUUGCCUUCACACGUGGCCUUGAAAUGCGAAUACUAGAGGAUCUCCAAGCGUCCCAGAGGCGACAAAAGGACCACUACGACCAACUGGCCCAUGGAAGUCCCUACGAAGUUGGUGAUGUCGAAUCGCUUAGGAAUCAUUCGGUUGUUCAAGGGAUGCCAUCUAACUCCCCGAACCUGAUCGCAGCCUAG